UUUGGCGAGACAAGCGUGAACUGCGCUGAGAUUUGGGAAGGAAUCUUUAUUGUUCAGAUCCCUCCUCCUUCUUGGGAAGUGGGAGGACCCGAAAAGUUCCUCGCAAAAGGGAGAAUUGUUCCAGGGCUCAGUCAUCCAAAAACGUCCUUUCAAUGCAAGAAGUUGGGGAGCCGAAGAAAAUGUCGGUGCUGCUGCAGCAGUAAAUUACUGAAGCAGUAGCGGUUUGAGGGAAAAAAGAGGAAUUGGAGUUUUCUUGGAUUAAAUAGUGAGAAACGUUGGGAAAAGUCGAACUCCGAGAAACUGGUGGAUUCAACUCCAAACCACUGCACGUUUUUGGGGUAGUGUAUGGAAGAUGUCUGGGACGUUGGAUUGGAUUCCCUGGGAAAGAAAGCGGAAGAUUCGAGUACUCUGUUCUCUGUGUGUGCUGCUGUUCUGCCUGCAGGAUAGUACUGCUGUUACAGAUGACGUCCCAGUGUUCACCGAGGAGCCGUUCUCGGUGGUACAGAAACUGGGGGGCAGUGUGACCCUGCGCUGCAGUGCCCUGCCUGACCAUGUCAACAUCAGCUGGCAUCUGAAUGGCAGAGAGCUGCCAGCUGGGGGCGACGAGGAGCUUGGAGUGCUGGUGCGGCCCGGUUCUCUUUACAUCCCCUCCCUUACAAACCUCACCGUGGGCAGAUACCAGUGUGUGGCCACCACCAGCGUCGGGUCCUGCGCGAGUGUGCCGGCCAACGUUACUGCAGCGAAACUGCGUGAUUUUGAGCCUGAUGACCAGCAGGAGAUUGAGGUGGAUGAAGGGAACACGGCAGUAAUCGAGUGUCAUCUGCCUGAGAGUCAGCCUAAAGCUCAAGUCCGCUACAGUGUCAAACAGGAAUGGCUAGAGACAUCUAAAGGAAAUUACCUGAUCAUGCCUUCAGGAAAUCUGCAAAUAGCCAAUGCUACACGGGACGACGAGGGCCCGUAUAUUUGUGCUGCUUACAACCCUGUCACGCAGGAAAUAAAAACUUCCACCUCUACCGACCGUCUAAGAAUACGACGAUCAACCUCUGAAGCGGCUCGUAUCAUCUAUCCUCCUGCAUCACGCUCCAUUAUGGUGAAUAAAGGCCAGCGGCUUGUGCUGGAGUGUGUGGCCAGCGGGAUUCCCACUCCACAGGUCACAUGGGCUAAAGACGGCCUGGACUUGAGGAAUCUUAACAACACCAGAUUCUUGCUCAGCAACUUGUUGAUUGAUGCUGCAAGCGAGAGCGACUCAGGCACCUACGUGUGUCUCGCUGAUAACGGCAUCGGCUCCGCCAGCUCUGCUCAAGUGCUGUACGACGUGCAGGUGUUUGAGCCUCCUCAGGUACGUGUGGAGCUGCAGCAGCAGGACGUGGCGUGGGGGGAUACGGUGCGCUUCAGCUGUCAGGUGAGGGGCAAACCUGCGCCCACUGUGGUUUGGCUCUACAACGCUCAGCCACUGAGCCCAUCGCCCCGCCAUAGGGUGUCUGCACAGGUGCUGCGCGUGCUCAAUGUCGGCCCACAAGACAAUGGCAUGUACCAGUGCAUGGCGGAGAACGGCGUGGGCAGCUCACAGGCAGCUAUACGACUCCUCACUGUGCCUACAGUGCCCUCUCGAAAGCUCCCCAUGAUUCGUCCUUUGAGUCCGGAUAAGGUGUUGCGUGAGCAGCCACCGCUGAAGCCACCAGUGUCCACCAGUGUGGUGCUGCCCUUCGACUGCUCUGAGGUGCGAGUCUCUCCUGCUGAAGCUCCAGUCAUCCUCAGUCAGCCGCGCACAGGCAAAGCAGAUUACUAUGAGCUGACCUGGAAACCCCGUCAUGACGGAGGAGCGCCUGUGCUGGAGUACAUCAUCAAGUACAGAAAGGCUGGAGAGUCUCCUGGAGAGUGGACCACCAACACUAUUUCAGGGUCUCAGCACAAGCUCACACUGACCAAACUGCAACCAGCCAGUCUCUAUGAAGUGGAAAUGGCUGCUAAGAACUGCGCUGGACUCGGCCAGCCCGCCAUGAUGACCUUCAGGACAGGCAAAUGGCGAAGAGGGGGACCAAUAGGCCCUCCAAAAACCCCAGUGGUGCAGCCUCGUCUCUCUCCUCCAGAAGCUCCGGAUAGACCCACGGUGUCGAUGGCCACUGAGACCUCGGCUUACGUGACGUGGAUCCCUCGAGGGAACCGGGGUUUCCCCAUUCAGUCUUUCCGUGUGGAGCACAAGAAGCUGAGGAAGGGCAGUGGAGAUUGGGAGGUGGCGGUGAACAACAUCCCUCCGUCCCGACUCUCGGUGGAGGUCACCGGCCUGGAGAAAGGAACAUCAUACAAGUUCAGAGUUUUGGCUGUUAAUGUGUUGGGAGCGAGUCCACCCAGCGCCCCCUCCAAAGCCUACACAGUGGUGGGCAGCGGGCCUCCAAACAGACGUCCCAUUGACGGACCCUACAUCACCUACAACGAGGCCAUCAAUGAGACCACAAUCAUCCUCAAAUGGACGUACACACCACUCAACAACACCCCAAUUUAUGGCUUCUACAUCUUCUACCGGCCCACCGAUAGCGACAACGACAGCGACUACAAAAAAGAUGUAGUGGAAGGUGACCGCUAUUGGCACUCCAUCACCGAUCUACAACCCGAAACAGCUUAUGACAUUAAGAUGCAGUGUUUCAAUGAAGGAGGAGAGAGCGAGUUCGGCAAUGUCGUCAUUUUAGAAACGAAAGCUCGGCCUCACCAGAGGACCACACCUCCGGAGACCGCAUCAUCCAGACCCGAACAUCCAGGAAACCCUGUUCCCCGGCCUGGAGAUCUGCCUUACCUCAUAGUGGGUGUUGUGCUCGGAGCGUUCGUUUUCAUCAUCGUGGCAUUCAUCCCAAUCUGCCUGUGGAGAGUCUGGGCUAAACAAAAACAAACAUUAGACAUGCGCUUUCCAACUCUGGCAGCUACGGUUUCUCCAUGCCAGUACACCAUGGUCCCCCUGCAGGGAUUGGCUCUUGGUCGAGCCUGUCCUGUAGACCCUCAUCUGAGCCCGUCCCACACCGUAUACGCUCCUAAAGCAGAAUACAUUCCCAAUGGAAAACAUGCCGCUCAGCGCCUGCCACCUGGACACCAGGAGGAUCCCAACUAUGAGCUGGAGUGUGAUGCACUGCUGCCUCAGAGCCUUCCCAAUCAGCAACAAAGCCUCCACCAUUACUGUAACGGGGUUCCUGGCUGUCCUGAAGAGGGAUUCUGCGUGUCUGAUGAUUCUCCUCUGCGGGUCUUCAGUCUGUCAGACGCUCCACAGCAGUCUCAGGACGAUCACUCGCUCAACGAAUGUGUUCACACAGAAGAAGAGCUCACUGCCGAUUUAACCCUGUUAUCAAUAGCCGAGGCCAGCAUUAACCGGCUGCUCCAACAAGAAGAGGAAACAACUGAGAACACAAAGCAGCUUGAGGAACAAGAGACACAUGAUCCAGAAGAUGGAUGAAACUAAAAUACUGAAAAAAAAAGGAGGAUUAAAAAAGAGAAAGUAUUUAUUUUUGUAUAACAGAUGCUAUAUUUAUAUAUUUAUGUAUUUGUACAGGUUUUUUUAGAAUGUGUGUAUAUAUAGCUUGUUUAUAUCAGAUGAUUUACAUAUUUUGGUAUGAUCGUCUGUUACCAUCUGGACUUCUUAUUUGUAAUAAGCAUGCUGUAUAAAUGAUCCUCAUGUGAGAAAAAGGAACAACCAGACACCUCAACAGCGUACAGACAGUAUCUGAAAUAAGCUGUAGAUUUUCCACUGGUCUUUGAAGAACAGCUGGUGGGAAAUGGAAUGCUUUAAGGGCAUUAUGAUAGUAAUGAUCCACUCAUUAGGAAUGUACCAAUGGGGACGACUGACUGUUUAAAAACACUUUGCAUCCAUAAAGACCUAUUUUAGUAUGUGUACGGCUUAUAUGCACAGCAUGUUGUAUUCAAGUACAUUUAAGGGCUACUGUGAGGAUUAAACACACAAUGAAUAAACGGCCAGGAAAGUUUGUUGGUGCAGUGUUUUACAGCUGUGUACAUAUGUUACUAAGAUUUAUCUAUUUUCAUCAUCAUUAACAUAAAUGUUAACAAAUAUAUGCAAAGUAUAUGCAUUCUGUGUAGUAAUAUUCACUAUGAGAGAGAGAGAGAGACCAUAUAUUGUAGGUAUUUAUAUAUUUUGCUGUAGCCUGGAUGCGAACACAAAAAAACACACAUGCUGACCUGUGACAUGCUGAGUUUUACAAAUAUUUGAAACUGGUUUGUAGUCCACUUGUAGUUGUACUUUUACUUUUGGAGAGUCGCCGUUCUCCUGCAUCAGUGUUAGCUUCUUUCUGCUGUUAUGAAAACAUGAAGGAAACGAUCAAGUCUCUGACAUAUCCCCCAAGUGUAGCUGCAUGGUUACCUGGAUUGAGCACUAUUGCCUGUAAAUAAAGCUAAAGAAAUCAGA